UUUAUUGGUUGUGUUGACACUAAGAAAGUAUGUGGAAGUUCAUCAUAAUUUUAGGUUAAGCGGCGGCCUAUAUCAGCCUCCUAUAUAAUUAUGUCACCUAGUCUUUAGUUUGGAAAAUUGGUAACGUUGCGGUAUGUGUGUGGUUCGAUGGAUAUUGUCAGUGCUUCCUCUGUCUUGAAAGUCAUGACCAGGGAAGAAGGUCGAAAGUGACGAGCUUAUGACACUUUCACUGACAAGCGAAACUAUAUAUAACCUCGUCAGUUCAAUUAGUGGGUUUGCCAAGGAUUAUUGGCAGCCGCUAGAUAUAGUAUACUUACAGUGCCCUCCAAAAGCAUGGUAACGGCAGAGUGAAAUUUCCAUGGUAUUCAAUAUGCAUAGCCUGCGUGUUUCACCAUUUUACAGAAACGGGUGUUUUUGUAUUGAUUUUCCCCAACAGCUGUGCAAAAUUAACGGAUGAUUUACAGGUGUUAAUUUUUGCAUUGAUGGUUCACAAAAGAGCACCCUGAUAGCAAGCAACUCCAGACUGGAUCUUGGCCGAUUCUGGUCUGAAGUCAGUGCUGCUUAUUGCCCCAGAGUCGCAUGCUGUCUGGGCAGUGAGUGUCUAGUCUUUGUUGUAACUUUUGUUUUCAUUGUGGAGGUGAAAGAACAGAAGAAUUCCUGAAGCAGGUUAGCACAGAAACUGGGUAUGUCAACUACAGGUGGACUGAGAAAUAAACACCAUACAGGCUGGCCAAGGAAGGCAACUGCAGUUGAUGAUGGACAAAUCCUAAGAGCUGUGAAGAAAAGCCCUAAAAUAAUGGUGUCGUCACGUGCUUCUGUUUCUGGAGAACAGCAUCAGAACGUUCACUGGUUACUUGUCGCUGGUCCAGAAGCAGCACUGCGGCGCCCAGUGGAGGUGCAGAGAUCUGUACCAGAACUUGUUUGGGAUUAAAAUGCUUUUAUUUCAAAUGACACACUAACGAAGAUUUACUUGCAAAAGCAUCCGGUCCUCCAUUUAGGCUACGCGAAAUUUUGAGGUCCAGAACACUCAUUCAGCCAAUGGAGAAGGUGGAGGAGGAGGAGAGGAACCUCGUGGAUGGGGGCAGCCCGAAGGCUGAGGGGGGCGAGCAGGCCACCACAAGACCUCGGGACGGGUCUGCCCAAGAGUCUCGGAAAAGCAGCUCCUCCCGUUCCUCCCGCAAAAGCUUCCGCCUGGACUACCGGCUGGAGGAGGACGUCACCAAGUCCAGGCGGGACAAGCACGGGCGCUUCAUCAACCCCUGGCCAACGUGGAAAUUCCCCUCCUAUGCCACUUUCUUCAGGUUCUUCGUGCUGGAGAAAAACAACAGCCAGGUCCCCAGCUCCAAAGAGGUGCUGGACAGGGAGCUGCCGGUGCUGGAGCCCUACUUCGUCCAGAACCCCCAGCAGGUGGGCCAGACUGGCUCUGGGAUGAGAGUCACCUGGCUGGGCCACGCCACUGUUUUAGUGGAGAUGGAUGACUUGGUGGUGCUGACCGACCCCGUGUUCAGCCAGAGGGCGUCGCCGCUGCAGUUUGUGGGGCCCAAGCGCUUCCGGGACCCAGCCUGCACGGUGGCCCAGCUGCCCAGGAUCCACGCGGUGCUCAUCAGCCACACGCACUAUGACCACCUGGACGCCGGCUCGGUGGCCAGCCUGAACGAGCGCUUCGGCGGGGACCUGCGCUGGUUCGUGCCCCUCGGCCUGCUGGACUGGAUGCAGAAGUGCGGCUGCGAGAACGUCAUCGAGCUGGACUGGUGGGAGGAGAACUGCGUGCCGGGCCACGACGAGGUCACGUUUGUCUGCACCCCGUCCCAGCACUGGUGCAAGCGCACCCCGCUGGACGAUAACAAGGCGCUUUGGGGCAGCUGGUCUGUCCUGGGACCCUGCAACCGCUUCUUCUUCGCAGGGGACACUGGCUACUGCUCCGUCUUCGAGGAGAUUGGGAAACGAUUCGGGCCCUUUGACCUGGCCGCCAUUCCCAUUGGGGCAUACCUACCCAGGAAUGUGAUGCAGUCGCAGCACGUGGACCCAGAGGAAGCGGUGCGCAUUCACAUUGACAUUCAGGCCAAACACUCCGUGGCAAUACACUGGGGGACUUUUGCUCUGGCUUAUGAGUAUUACUUGGAACCCCCAAUGAAACUGAAGGAAGCAAUGGAGAGGUAUGGGCUCAGUCAAGAGAAGUUCUUUGUGUUGAAGCAUGGAGAAUCCAGAGUGCUGAAUUCUGAAGAGGUGUUUGAAUGAAUGGACCCAAAGCCGCAUUUGUUCUCCCUGGUUGGAGUUGGAAUUGAGGAGUGUGAUUCUGGGCACUUUAUUACUGAAUACGGUACUAAUUAUCAGGACGAACCCGGAGCAGCCGUACAAAGUGGCAGGAAAUGGAAUUUCCAUUACAAUGCGUUUAAUUUCACAGUGAACAGUUGUCUCAAACAAAAUUAUGCCUAAAUCUAUCCCUUCCUUCUCAGUGCUAAUUUUAAAUGGCAGUCGCUUACCUAUGUAAGGAAAAAUAAUAUUUUAUCUACUACAUACACUACGUAACCACAACGCGAUGUUGAUGCCUGAAAACAAUGGUAGGUUAUUUUAAAUAUCUUUUCUAAAGCUAAUGUUUUUGAUUAAUGGUUGUAUACGGAUACCGAUUUACAGAAUUGUAGUACUUCUGAAUCCCUCUUUUAGAAUAUGGGAGUUCAUCGUGAAUUUUUAUUAUGGUUAAGAAUGUUGGCGAUCUUACUUCCUUAUGUUCAAGGUCAAGAGUUUUUCCACAACUUGUUUUUCUUGAGGUUUAAUUCUCAUUUUAUUGAAUUUAAUCAGAUCCAAAUGAGCCACAAUAUAGGUUCAUAACUUUAGAGGUUCAGCUCGUCUGCACAGCUGUAACCUAGUAGGUUACAAUGGAGGGUUAUUAUUUAUUAAUAAUUGGUAGUAUUAAGACUGAAGUGUCUGUUCAAACAUGUCAUUGCUUUUCCGUCCUUGGAAACUCGUUGCAUGUAAUGCUCCGACAUUGGCUGAUGAAACGCUCAAGAUAAGACAGGCUUCUUCUGCAUCUUUCACAUGUCAACAGUGAUAUUUGAGAUUUCACUGAUCAAGCGGGACAUUCAAUUUGCUUUUAAAGGUUUUUGGCUUUUUUUUUUUUUUUUUUAGAAAUUUCUUAAACUGAGAGAAUUCACAAAUUAAACAAUACACCAUCAACACUGGCACUGUUUAAAAUAUCCUGAACAUCAAAAAUUUCAUAUUAUAUGAAUAACUAGAAUAUCUCAAUUCGGUCUUGCCAUGGCAUUUUAAAUGCCUCUGAUCACAAAGAUCUUACAGUAUUUUGCAAUGGCUAUUAUUAUCCGGCAACUGUUUUCGAUUUAAAGGUUUGCUAAAAUAUCAUUUUCAUUUUAAUAUGUGGUCCUUCUGGGUAAUGUAUGUGUUCUCCAGUUCAAUGCAGUUUGCAUAUCUGAAGGGCCUGUCCAUUCUUAGGUUACCCUUCCACCGCUAAAAUGUUAGCUUGUAACAGAAUCAUUAUCAGUCUCAGUAACGGGACAGCUAAUUAGCAUACAUCAGAGAUACUCAAAUCUGGCCCUCGCAGCCAGCAGUACCGCUGCGUUUCUUUUUUUACCUGAUGGUUCAUUGAAUGAUUAAUGCCAUUGAUUGGGCAGAGAUUUAACACACCUGAUAUCCCAGGCUUGACUCAGUCCUGAUUAGAGAGGACAAAUGAAAACCAGCAGUACUUCUGAGGGCCAGGUGUGAGCCUCCCUGGCCUAAAUGAUGGAGAAUUUAAGACGACUGGUGGACACUGCAGAAUGCAUCUUGAAAAGAAUUUAGGAAAAAACUCAUUACCCUUCUGAUGUUGUUUUGAUUGACAGGGUGAUUGAUUCUCACAACGCUUGACAUUACAUUCAUAAUAACGAAGGUAAUAACAAUAUUUAAAUCUUCAGUGCAGAUUGCUGUUCAUUUGUGCUUCAGUAUAUUUAAAUUGGGUCAUGUCUCAGUAUUCAGUAUGGUUGUGAAUGCAGACAAGUGAAUGUAUGCAUUUGGUUCUUUGAAGAUGCCCCACAUUUUACAGUACAUUGGAUGAUAAAUAUUGUUUAAGCAAAAGGUAAUUUUGCUGUAUGUACUAAAACUUGUUGCCCCACACCCUUUUAUUACCAGUUUUGGCUUCCAUUUAAUGUCCAGACUGCAAACGGUGUAUGAUGUGUACAGUUUGUGUAAAUAUAAUGGUACUCUGCUAUGUACGUAGUACACAGCCCAAGCUUUUUUACUUGCUAAGCCAUCUUUGAUUUUAUAAAUAAAAAAAAUGUAAUUUGAAUAAAAUCAUUCAAAAUGUG